CGCGUCGCCUUUACACCACUCGAUAUGCACCUGGCACUCCUCUGGCGUGCAUUCUUUUCCGCGUCCUCUCACGCCUCUCUAUCUCCACCCCUCUGAGGCUUUUGACAGUACGGAAAAUGGCUUCUUCGUCCAUCACCGGCACCGAUCCCGAGUCACAACAGUCUACGCCCGCGUCGUCUCCCCCACCCGCCGAUAUGGAGAACAUCGAGGGCGUCUCGAAGGGGAUACAGGCAGAGGAGGAGCGGAUGAGGAUGCAGCGCGAGAAAGAAGACGCGAAACGCGACGCUGAGCUCGAGGAAGAGCGACGGGCAGACAUUAAGAGUGGCAAGGAAAUCCUGGACAAGAAAUUCCAGCAACUGGAGUUUCUGAUGAAUAAGAGCAAGCUUUACGCGACUGUCAUGCUUGCACAGAUGCAGCGACAGGAAGACGACGAGAAAGCGCGCGACGAGCAAACGCACGGCCAAUCCUCGAAACGCGAAAAGAAGGCCGAGCAGGUUGCGACCGAGACACAGCGAAGAGCGACACGCGCAUCGGGAGGCGGUGGUGAUUCCGCUGCUCUCGCCAACGCACCCAAAAAGAAAGGCCGCGGCCGGCCAAAGAAGGGAGCAAAAGAAGACACCAAGAUUUCCAGCUAUUUCAAGAAAGAAGGUGUUGAAAAGAAGACGGAUCAGACGAGCAUCUCGGAGGCGCUGAAGGACGCUGCGGAUGAAGACAACGUGCAGUCCGGCGACAUUGGCAUACAGAAUCUAAAGUCUGCAAGACAGCCAAAGCUGGUGACCGGAGGCAUCAUGCGGUCCUACCAAUUGGAGGGGCUGGAAUGGCUUCUCUCACUGUAUCAAAAUGGCAUCAACGGGAUCUUGGCCGACGAAAUGGGUUUAGGAAAGACGAUUCAGACCAUCGCCCUGCUCGCACAUCUGUGGGAGAAUAGGUCAUACGGACCAUUUUUGAUUGCUGCUCCCCUAAGCACCACGAGCAACUGGGUUGAAGAGUUCAAGAAGUGGACACCGAGCAUCCCCGUGAUUCUAUACCACGGCGACAAGAACGAGCGUGCGAGAUUGCGGAAGACGAAACUCAAGGAUCCAGGAACCGACCAGUUUCCCGUCGUGGUCACCAGUUACGAGAUUUGCAUGAACGAUCGGAAGUAUUUGACUGGCUUCGGCUGGCAAUUCAUCAUUAUCGAUGAGGGCCACCGCAUCAAGAACCUCGAUUGCCGUCUCAUUCGCGAACUGCAGUCCUACCAGUCUGCGAACCGGCUUUUGAUCACUGGGACGCCACUACAGAACAAUCUGACCGAGCUUUGGUCGUUGCUGCACUUCCUCCUACCUACCGUGUUUGACAAGCUCUCCACGUUCGAGAGCUGGUUUGAUUUCUCUGGUUUGAAAGAUAAGUCCAGCUUUGAGCAGCUGCUCUCCGAAGAGCGCCAGCAGUACCUCGUCAAGUCGUUGCACGCCGUGCUGAAACCAUUUCUGCUAAGGAGAGUCAAGACAGACGUCGAAAGCCUGAUGCCAAAAAAGCGCGAGUACAUCCUUUUUGCACCCCUGACGCAUAUGCAGAGAGAGCUAUACCAGGCUAUUCUCGAUGGCACAAGCCGCUCAUAUCUUGAAGAGAAGGCGAUUGAGAGGCUUAGCGUUAGCACUCGAAGUGGGACUGCAACACCGCUCAGCGUGCGCAGCAGGAAUGGGAAUCUGAAGCGCAAAACUUUAUCAAGUGGUGUCAGCACCCCAAAUAAGAGCGCGAAGACGUCUCGUGAAGGUACUCCUGCAUUGACCGCGUCUAAGCGUGGACGUGGGCGGCCGAAGAAGACCUACGAAGAACUCAGCGACGCGCAGUUCUUCGCGGAUCUCCACGCCCAAAAGAGCGAGGACGAAGAAGAGGAUCUGGGCUCAGAAGCGGAAGAAGAGAGAAUUCGCGCGGCGACUUUCGAGAUCGCGAAGCGUCAGCUCUUGCAGAAGAAAUUGGGCAACCCCGUUAUGCAACUCCGGUUAUGUUGCAAUUCACCCUACAACUUCUUUAAUCCCUUCAUUGCGGCAGAAACCUCCGGCUCCGAGACCUUUGCGUCAGAGACGGAGCCCGACGAGACACUUGUCACUACAUCAGGAAAGAUGUUGCUGCUUGAUUCCUUGCUCCCAGAGCUACUCAAUCAAGGGCACAAAGUCCUCAUUUUCUCGCAAUUCACAACCACGCUUGACCUGCUAGGUCAAUAUCUCGACCUCCGCUCAUGGCCACAUGCGCGCAUCGACGGCUCUGUCGCGCAAAUCGAGCGUCAAGCACAGAUCCGCUCUUUCAACACUUCGUCCUCUUCGAAGACAGCCAUGAACGUCUUCCUCCUCUCUACAAGGGCAGGGGGCCAAGGCAUUAACCUCGCAGCAGCCGACACAGUCAUCCUGUUCGACUCAGACUGGAACCCCCAGCAAGACCUCCAAGCCAUGGACCGUGCGCACCGUAUCGGUCAAACCCGCAACGUAAUCAUCUACCGCUUCGCCACGCGCAAUACCGUUGAGCAGAAACUCCUCGAAUCGGCAGAAGCAAAACGCCGGCUGGAGAAGCUCGUCAUUAGAAAAGGCGGAGUGCGGAAUGACAGAGGGCGCGGAAAGCAGAUGGAGAAGGAACAGGAGGUUGAAGAAUUGCAGAAGUUGCUACGCAGGUCCGAUGGGGAGCGGUUCAAUGUCGAGGGGAAAGAUGGAGUGACGCUGCUUGAUCGGAAGGAAUUGGAGAUUUUGUUGGAUAGGAGUGACGAGGCGUAUGAGAGGGCGGAGAAGGGGCUGGAUGUUGGUGGUGAUGGGCAGGUCUUCCAGGCUGUGGGAAAAAGGGACGAAGGCGCAUUGAUGGAAGGCCUCAAGGCAUAGGGCACACAACUGCGGCAGUUUGGAUAUGCGAUAUCUAUGAAUAUGAAUCAGCGAGCCCCAAAAGAAUAACUGGAGGCAGAAGUUUUGUUGAGGCUAAUACGCUAGGUCAAGUUAGUUCUCCUAUGAG